CCAAGCUCUGGCCAAACUCCGUCUCCCGAUGUAUGAAAUGUGUUUCAGCAGGAGGAAGAAAUGCAUUUUAACGUUAAACAAGGCUGUCCUUCAUUUCUCGUGCUCCGGUUCCUUCACCAAGCUAAGAACAGAUGGAAGACGUGAGAGGGAUGGAUCGAUCGAGUGCACGCAUCGUCGAGAUCGAUGUUGGAACCAGAAAAGAGGCACUGUAACAAAUCGAUGGACGCGCAGAAUCUCACACGACAGUCAAGGUUUGCCAGCGGAGGAGCUGGUGGACAUCGCUACAGGUGGUUCAUGCACUGGUGAGCGGGUCGGGUGUCGAUGGAGCAAAUGCGCCUUGGCAAGUGGAUCAUGGCAGAGCCGACGUGGGAGGACCGUCUGGAAAAAUCGGGCGGGCAAGCGCGAGCAUGCAUGCACAGCCACGAAGAAGGUCGCUCAACUUGUGACGGAAGUAAGUGCAACUUUCCAUGCCUCGUACCUGGACAUCCAUCGGAGGUUGCGAUCUUUUCUUUUCUCUUGUUUGUGGGCUUGCUCGGAUUCUAUUGCGACGAUGAGACGAGAUCUAGUUCCUUCCUCUCCUCGCCCACUGCCUUCCGUUUUGAAAAGAUAGAUCGGGAGCUUUUCACCUCACAUUGACUACGCAGCUGCUGUCAUAAAGAAAUGGGAGGAAAGUACGAGCAGGUAAUAAAGCGUUUACGCCUUUGUCUCCUUCUUCGGUGGUCCAAGGUUUCCGUGCUGUGGACUUUGUUUCAUUCUCUUAUCGUUUGCUUUGGAGAGACGAUCUUGUCAGGAAAAUUCUUGAAAGUAACUAUUUCGCAGAUCAUAGACCUAGGAACCGCUGAUAGCUCAGCAUUAGCCUUCGUCCUUUCCAAGAAAAACAUAUUUUAUUGUUGUUUCCUCUUCGAAUGUCAUGAGGAAAGCGUGAUGACUGUUCGAUGCUCGGUAACUCGAAGCCUUCUCUCUUGCGGUGCCUGCGUAACUUCUGGACGAGUUACUAAAAUUCCAUGAACAAUGUCCGGGAUAUGCUCGGAGAUACUUUUUUGGUGUGAACUUUUGCAUAAUCGAAACGGAC